AUGCCAAAGGCGGAGGGCAAGGCUGCCUCUGCAGCAGAGGACGAUGCGCUUAAGGCCGACGUCAAGGCGCAGCUCGCGCAGCUGGGCUUUGGGUCCGGCGGCGGCUUCAGCGAUGCCGCUUUCGACGACUUUGCGCCCCAGAAAGCCAACAAGCGCAUCGGCAAGAAGCAGGCGGGAGGACAGCAGCAGCAGCAGGAUGGCAAGGGGCGCGCUGUGGCCAAGCGGCAGGACGACGCCGCGACGCCUGGCGGCAAGCGGCAGGAUGCCCCGCCAACCGGCAGGCAGCAGCAAUCAGGCGGCCGCCAGCAGCAGCAGCAAGAAGGCGGCCGCCAGCAGCAGCAGCAGACAGGCGGCCGCCAGCAGGAGCAGCAGCAGGAGCGGCGGGGCGGCGGGCCGCAGCAGCCGCAGCGGCGGUCUUGGCAGGAGCAGCAGGGUGGGGAUGAGGCGACGGCCACCCCCAAAAUCCCGAACGCCAAGAGCAUCCUGCCCCGGGAUGAGCCCACCAUCUGGCACGAGGCGGUCAGUACGCUGCCCGCUCUGCCGCCCGCAAAGGCCGAGGCGGCGCCCGAGGUGGUGCAGCAGAAGCGGAAGCAGGCGGAGCGGCUGCUGCUGGUGGAGGAGCAGAACAGCGGCUAUGCAGCAAGCAAGAAAGGCCCCCCGCUGCUGCGCCACGCGUUUGAGCAGAACAUGGGGCGGCGCAGCGGCGCCGACGCCAAGUGGCUGCAGCAGGUGCGGCACGGCGGUACCACGUCGGAUCGCGUGGCAGCGAUGUCGGUGCUGGUACAGGACGGCGCCGCCGCCAACCUGGCAUCGCUGGAUGGCCUGCUGGCCAUGUGCGGCAAGCGGGGAGGCGCCCGCGCCGUGGUGACUAGUGCCAUGGAUGCGCUCAAGGAGCUAUUCACAACGGUGCUGCUGCCCGACCGCAAGCUGAGGUUCUUUGAGCAGCAGCCGCUGGCCAAGGUGGAGGCGGGGCGGGACGGGGAGCGGCGCCUGCUGUACUGGCUGGUGGGCUACCUGCUCACGCGGCUGCUGGCGGAGCACCCCGGCAUGAAUGUGCCGGUGGUGCGGGAGAUCGAGCGCUUCAUGUUCAGGCCGGGGCUGCAGGACCGUGCCCGGUACUACGCUGUCGUCUACCUCAACCAGAUGGUGCUGUCCCACAAGCAGCAGCAGCAGCAGCAGCAGCAGCAGCAGCCGGGCCAGGGGCAAGGGGGCAGCCUGGCGAAGCGCCUCAUCGAUGUGUACUUCACCGUCUUCCGAAUGAUCUUGGAUGGCAAGAUUGGUACCGCCGCCCAGGCAAGCUGCGGGGGAGCAGGAAGUCUCACAAACGGCAGUAGCUGCGCACCGGAUGGCAGUGCCGGGCGGGGGUGGCAGUGCCAGCGGCGGUCGCGGCAAAGGCUGAGCGCUCGGCGGUCGAUGCCGCGGUUCCGGCGGCUGACCGCGCCGCGGCGCGCUGCUCUGGCCAAGCAGGCCCAGGACAAGGCUGCCACCGAGGCCGCCAAGAAGAAGAAAGGAGAGGCGGCCAAGGCGCGGGCGGCCGAAAAGGCGCGGGCGGCGGCAGAGGCGGCGGCCACUGUGGACCAGAGCGGGGAGAUGGAUGGGCGCAUGCUGGCCGCACUGAUCACGGGCGUGCGCCGCGCCUUCCCGUAUGUGCCUGCCGAUGAGGUGGAGCCGCUGAUCGAGGCGCACGCAGACGCCCUGUUCCGCCUGGUGCACGCCCGCUCCCUGGGCGUGGCCACCCAGGCCCUGCUGCUGCUGUUUCAGCUCAUGAGCAGCCGCAGCACCGUCAGCGACCGCUUCUACAGGGCACUUUAUGCGGUACUGUCCAGCCCCGAGCUGUACCGCUCCACCAAGGCCCCCAUGCUCCUCUCCCUCCUCUUCAAGGCCCUCAAGGCGGAUGUCAGCUCCCGCCGCUCCGCCGCGUUUGCCAAGCGGCUGCUGCAAGUGGCGCAGGAGUCGCCGCCCCACUUUGCCUGCGGCUGCCUGCUGCUCACCUCUGAGCUGCUCAAGGCGAGGCCGGGGCUGCUGCCGCGCUGUGCGUGUGGCGAGCUGGAGGGCUGUGCUUGUUUGAUGCCGUGGCAGCGGUGGAGGGCUGCAGACGCACGGCCGUCGCUGUGGGGCGCGGUGCUUCAGGCGGAGGAGGGUGAGGGCGACGGCGUGGAACACUUCAGAGACGCGCCGGAAAAGGCGGCGGGCGCCCCUGCGGCCGCCAAGCAGGGCGCUGCGGGGAAGCGGCGCGGGGGCGGCGGGGCCGUGCGGGCGGGGGGUGCCAGCCCUGAUGCUGAGGAGGCUGAGGAGGCUGGGCAGGAGGAGGAGGAGGGGGACUCGGAGGAGGAAGCGGAGCUUGCAGCAGGGUCUUCAGAGGAGGAGGAGGAGGAGGAGGAGGCAGGCGACAGCGACGCUGACCUGAUGCCCGGAGCGCUGCCGGCCUUAUCUGUGCUGCCCCCGCACCAGCAGCAGCAGGAGCGGCAGCGGCAGCGGCAGCGCGACCAGCAGGCGGCGGCGGCCGCCGCGCGCUGGCCCACCAGCAAGGACGCGUAUGAUAUGAACAAGCGGGAACCGCUGUACUGCAAUGCCGACCGCAGCUGCCUGUGGGAGCUCACCAGCCUGGCGGCGCAUGUGCACCCCUCUGUGGCUGCCAUGGCGCGCACGCUGCUGGCCGGGCAGAGCGUGGUGUACAGCGGGGAUCCGCUGAGGGACCUCACCCUGGCCGCCUUCCUCGAGAAGUUUGUGCAGAAGAAGGCAAAGGCAGGCGCCAAGGGCGACUCGGCCAUGCAGCCGCUGGCGGCGCAGCAGGCGGCGGCCGCGGCGGCCGUGCCCCACCAGUGGGCCUCGCUGGCGGGGGCCCACACGCAGGCGCUCCAGCUGUUGGCAGACAAGGAUGUGCGACCUGACGACAUGUUCUUCCACAAGUACUACAGCCUGCAGGCGGUACAGGACAAGGCGGCCAAGAAAAGGAAGAAGAAGGGAGGCGACGACGAGCUGCUGUCGGAUGCGGGGUCGGAAGACAGCGAUGCGGCAGACGAGUUUCUGGCUGAAGAGGAGGAGGGCGGCGACGACGGUAUCGGCGCCAACCCAGACCGCUCCGGCAUGGAUAACGACUAUGCUGACCUGGCGGCCGCCAUGGACUCUGACAGCGGCGGCAGCAGCGGGGAGGAGGAGCAGGGCGGCAGCGGCAGCGGUUCUGAUGGUGAGGACGAGGGAGAGGAGCCGGCGGGGGCCACCUUCAGCGAUAUGUCUGGCUCCAAGGGAGAGGAGGAGGAGGCAGAGGAGGCAGAGGAGGAGGAGGAGGGUGGUUCGUCAGACGGAGAAUUUGAGGCGCUGCUUGCGGCGAAGGACCUGUCUGACGGCGAGGACGGCAGCGGCAGCGGCAGCAGCAGCAGCGAGGGCGACGAGGCGGCGGAGGACGCCGAGGUGGCGGCCCUCAUGCGGCACCACGGCAUCACGCCGCUGCCGCCGGGCGCCUCGGCGGCCUCCGAUGAGGAGGAGGAGGCGCUCAAUCCCUUUGAGCUGGCAGAGGCUACCAGCAGCGAGGCCGGCGGCAGCAGCGGUGAGGACGGCGGCAGCAGCAGCGAGGACGACGGCGAGGCCGACAGCGAGGAGGAGGAGGAGGAGGCGGCCGCCGUGGCCGGCGGCGGCACGCGGAAGCGAGGCAAGAGCGACGGGCUCAGCGUCUUUGCGUCCGCCGACGACUAUGCCACAAUGAUUGAGGAAGACAUUGCCGAGGGAGCAGGACUGGAUGAUGGCACAGAGGAAGGCGGCGGCCACGGCGGCAGCGGCGGCAGCGGCGGCGGCAGUGGCGGCCGUGGCGGCCGCGGCCACAAGCGGCCACGUGGCGGCAGGGAUGGCGGCGGCCGGGGCGCGCCCCCGCCCAAGCGGCAGCAGCAGGGGCGGGGCCGGGGCCGGGGCCGGGGCGGCGGCACGCGUGGCGGGCGGCGGUAG